AGGGAACUAGAGAGAGUGAUGUUCACACAGGUAAAACGUGUUGCAGUCAUUAAAGUAAUCAAAUUACAAGACCACCUUGAAAAAUUGUUGGCUCAAAUUAUAAAAUUAAACCACGAUUAGAAAACAAUACCCCCAAACUGGCUUGUUCUCAUUGGCACCUUAAACCCAUCACAUACUUACCAACAUAUCAUUAUAUUUUGAGACUCUUUAGUAGUGGACAAAUGUAAAUCACAAUUGCGUUAUGAAUUGUAAGUUGUGACUAUGAAUGAAGACGUGCAGUGUGUAUUUGCGCCUCGUGGGUGGGAGAGAUGGAGAUGGAGGGGAAGUGGAUGAGCUUUAAAGCCUCAUAUUUGUCCACUCGGACUCGGGGUGGACCGGCUUAUGAAACGGUGGCAUGCAAACAUUCAACUGACACCCAUAAGAUCAGAGGCUUAGAUCAUACGGCCUGCCACGAGAGUUGUCUUCUUCUGCUCCCUAAUUGUACUCUGCGUCAGCCAUAACACUAAACUCCUUUGUCCAUUGCGCAAGAGAGGAGGAGGAGGAGGGAGGGGGGGGGCUAUUUCGGACGCAAGCAAAACGGUCCAUCACCCGGAUGCGUGUAUGUCACACUGCAUCCGAGUUCCCCCCCCCCCUCGCGCCACCACGUCCUCUCUCCCUCCUCUUCUGUCUCCUGAUCCGUCGCUUUGGUUUCAGCGGGGGGGGAAUCCUAAACCGAAUUGCGUCAUAAAUACGUCAAUAAACUCCCCAUUCACUGACGACCAGGUACCACGAUAGCCGCCAUAUUUGCAUCCAUGGCAGGGUAGAAAAGCGGUGCUCUCGGCGAGCGUAUGUGUGCGUAAAGUCAUCGACUAUUCCCCCCCUUCCCCUCCCCGCAGCGAGCACCGACCACCACCGCCACACACCCCGAUCCCACAUCCCGGCAGCGGUCCCGCAGGGCCACGCAGCUUCUGGAUCUGGUCAUCAAAGCGAGAGAACAGCCCCGGACGUCCGCGGAAGGGAAAGACAUGCAACGUGGAGCGGGGGUCUAGGUGGACUACGAUGCCUUAGACUCGGAGAGGACUCCUGGCACAAGAUGGAGGUAAACAGCGUCUGCAGCGAGGUCAACGGGCAUGAGAUCAUGGACGAGCCCAUGGAGGAGGGAGAGUCUUUCUCACACUGCGAUGAAGAGAGCUACGAGGAGAUUCCCAUCACCCACCACGUGAAGGAGGGCUGCGAGAAAGCCGACCCGUCUCAGUUCGAGCUGCUCAAGGUCCUCGGCCAGGGCUCCUUCGGCAAGGUGUUCCUCGUCCGGAAGAUCCUGGGCCCCGAUGCCGGUCAGUUAUAUGCAAUGAAAGUUCUAAAAAAGGCAUCUUUGAAAGUCAGGGACCGAGUUCGCACUAAGAUGGAAAGAGACAUUUUAGUGGAAGUCAACCAUCCCUUCAUCGUGAAGUUGCACUACGCCUUUCAGACAGAAGGGAAACUGUAUUUAAUCCUGGACUUUCUCAGGGGAGGGGAUGUAUUCACUCGCUUAUCCAAAGAGGUUAUGUUUACAGAGGAAGAUGUGAAAUUCUACCUUGCAGAGCUGGCCCUGGCCCUCGACCACCUGCACAGCCUGGGCAUAGUUUACAGAGAUCUCAAGCCAGAGAACAUCUUACUUGAUGAAGCUGGACACAUAAAGUUAACGGACUUUGGCUUGAGUAAAGAGUCAGUAGACGCUGAUAAGAAGGCGUAUUCCUUCUGUGGUACGGUGGAGUAUAUGGCCCCUGAGGUGGUCAACAGGAGAGGACACACGCAAAGCGCCGACUGGUGGUCUCUGGGAGUUCUCAUGUUUGAGAUGCUCACGGGGACGUUACCGUUCCAAGGGAAAGACCGCAACGAGACCAUGAACAUGAUCCUCAAAGCCAAGUUGGGAAUGCCACAGUUCCUGAGUUUGGAAGCCCAGAGUUUGCUGCGAAUGCUGUUCAAGCGUAACCCUUCUAACCGGCUCGGGGCGGGGCCCGACGGAGUGGAGGAGAUCAAACGCCACGCCUUCUUUUCCACCAUCGACUGGAAUACACUGUACAGGAGAGAGCUGCAGCCCCCGUUCAAGCCUGCGGCGGGUAAACCAGAUGACACGUUCUGCUUCGACCCAGAGUUCACCGUGAAAACGCCUAAAGACUCCCCAGGUAUCCCUCCGAGUGCGAACGCCCACCAGCUCUUCAAAGGCUUCAGCUUCGUCGCUCCCAACCCGAUGGACGACAAGAGCUCCCCGCUGCUCAGCAUCCUCCCCAUAGUUCAGAUGCACGGGGGCUCGACCAAGUUCUCUGAUCUCUACGAGCUGCAGGAGGACAUCGGCGUCGGCUCGUACUCCAUCUGUAAACGCUGUGUCCACCGAGUCUCUGGCAUGGACUACGCUGUGAAGAUUAUAGACAAAAGUAAGAGGGACCCCUCUGAGGAGAUGGAAAUCCUGAUGCGAUACGGACAGCAUCCCAACAUCAUCACGCUGAAAGACGCGUAUGACGAGGGCAGGUACGUCUACCUGGUGACGGAGCUGAUGAAGGGAGGGGAGCUGCUGGACAAGAUCCUCAGGCAGAAGUUCUUCUCGGAGCGAGAGGCCAGCGCGGUGCUCUACACCAUCACCAAGACCGUCGACUACCUCCACUGCCAAGGGGUGGUGCACCGAGACCUGAAGCCCAGCAACAUCCUGUACAUGGACGACUCGGGAAACCCCGACUCCAUCAGGAUCUGCGACUUUGGAUUCGCCAAGCAGCUUCGGGGCGGCAACGGCCUGCUUCUCACGCCGUGCUACACCGCCAACUUUGUGGCGCCAGAGGUACUAAUGCGGCAAGGUUAUGAUGCAGCCUGCGAUAUCUGGAGUCUUGGAGUUCUACUGUACACCAUGCUGGCCGGGUACACGCCGUUCGCCAACGGACCAAACGACACGCCGGAGAAGAUCCUCCUCCGGAUAGGAUCCGGAAAGUUCUCUCUGACCGGCGGCAACUGGGACACGGUGUCGGACACCUCCAAGGACCUGCUGUCCCACAUGCUCCACGUGGAUCCUCACCAGCGCUACACGGCGGAGCAGGUCCUGAAGCAUUCCUGGAUCGCCUGUCGGGAUACGCUGCCGCACUUCAAGCUCACGCGGCACGACGCGCCGCACCUCGUCAAGGGAGCGAUGGCGGCGACCUACUCGGCGCUGAGCCAGAAGACCAGUCAGCCGGUGCUGGAGCCCGUGGCGGCGUCCAGUCUGGCCCAGAGACGCAGCAUGAAGAAACUCACCUCAACUGACAUGUAGACACACACACACACACACACACACACUCUGCUCGCCCUCCCAUGUUGACCUCGCUCUCAGUUGGACUGUCACACUCAGACCCAAGUCCUGGCCAGUCAGACGCACCGUCUCCCUUUUUUUUAAUAAUCUAUUUAUUUGGCAAACCUGACAUGUGCUCUCACACACACACACACACACACACACACACCGGACGAGGUGGCGUUUGUGACGAAGUCGGCUGAAGAGGAAGAGCGGGAAACCCACAUGUCUGUUACUGCUGGGGGAGACGACGGACUUGUAUUUAUUUCCACAGCUUUCAUGAUGCACUCGCCCUCCUCGCCUUUAUUUUCGUUCUCCCUUCCUCCUCGCGUGAGGAAGGGAGAAACACACCAGCUGAUGUGCUCCUUCACUGUGAUUGGCUGAUUCAGAGCUGCUUUUGGUAAACUGUGCCCCCCCCCCCCUACUCUGCUCUUCAUCUGCACUCUGCUGUCCCCCUCCUCCUCCCCCCCCCCCCCGUGUUGUCUGUCCGUCUUAACGUGUCCUCGUCAAAGUGACGUAAUGGUGACGUGUGCUUGAGAGCCGGCAGGACGGCGUUGACCGAGGGACAAAACGCCGGACCUCUCUCCUCGGGAUCCGAGUCGUCUGCCGGCGCCAUGGUAACAUGAAUGCAUGUGUGGACGGAGCGUGUGUCUCUUUCCCUUCGGUGUCGCCGUCUCACUCCUGUUGUUACUUCGUGAUGCUCGUAUCAAAAGAGAUGGGGGGGGGAAUAAAGCUGCAAAAGUUAACGUCUACCGUAGGUGAAACGAUGUGGUAACAAGGACCGGAAUUCUAGUUUGCAAAAAAAUUAUAUGGUUAUAUAUGUAUAUAUAUUACUAUUAUAUAAAUAUAUUAUAUAUAUAUUUUAUUUAUAUAUAUAUCUAAAUAAAUAAAUGAAGAGGCGCAUGUGGGGGAGCUGUGUGGUUUCUCUGUGGGGGGGGCGGGACACACCCCGUCGAACCAGAGAGGCUGAAUUAAAAAAGAGAAAACAAAUUUUUUUUAAACUAAAUAUUCCAUGGACAUCUUCUUCAAAAAGACGUUGUGGAAAUUGUAUGAUAUUGUAUUUAUUUCAUUUGAUUUUUAAGAUUCUAUUUUUCUUUCAAGUUCUGUAUAUAUUGACAUUAAAGAUCAUUAUUGACAUGUG